AUGGCUUUGGCUGCUUCCGCUGUAGCUUCAUUUGAAUGGACAGUUGACGCUGCAAGAGAAUUAAUUCGAUUAAGAUACGAUAAUCAUGACGAUUUUGAAGGGUUCACUGCUUCUCCCUCUCAAUGUCGAAGAAAAUGGUACUCAUUAAAAUAUGGGUACAAUAAUCUCAAGAGGUUGGAUACUAUAGAGAAUCCUCACGACUAA